AGAAGGUGGCGAAGCAAUGCUCUCCCUCGGCUGGCGCGUGGCGACGGUGACGCUCAUGGCGGUCGCAGCUCAGGCGUUUGUUCCCAGCGUCGCUGCCAUGAAUCCCACGGGGAUGUCUGCCGCCAGCCCCGCCAUGCGAGCAUCGCCGCAAGGAUCGAACAUCGCUCCUCCGUCCAAGUUGAAGCUCACCUACUUCGACAUCGAAGGUGUAGCCGAGAAAGUGCGACUGGCCCUCAAGGUCGGAGACAUUCCCUUCGAGGAUGAAAGGGUGGAUUUUGCCUCAUGGCAGUCGCUGAAGCCAAAGACCCCGUAUGGGCAGCUGCCGCUCUUGACCGUAGAGGAGAACGCUCCCGUAACUCAAAGUGCUGGAAUGCUGAGAUAUGUUGGUCAUCUUACAGGGUUGUAUCCUGAGGACUGCAUGAAAGCUCUCAAGGUGGACGAAGUCUGCGGUCUGCAGGAGGACUUUGCCAAGGCUCUCGCUCCAUCCAUCUACAUUGACAUGCGCCCGCAUCUUUAUGGCUACGACGAGAACCUGCCUACUGAGCAGCGCAAGGAGAUCCAGAAUAAGCUGCGGAGCAGCCUCAUGAAGGAGGGAGGAGACGUGAGGCGAUUCCUCGGCUACUUCGAGGACAUCCUUAAGGACAACGGGUCUGGUUUCUUCGUGGGAGACUCCGUCACUAUCGCCGAUUGCGCCAUGCUGCCUCAGCUGCGUCAACUCAAGUCCGGCCGGUUGGCCGGAAUCCCGGUGACCAUCGUCGACGAGUAUCCCCACCUUACAAACUUCUGCAACAAAAUGAUGUCCCUGCCUGCUAUUAGUCAGCAUUAUGGGAGCAAGUAAUUUGCUGAAAGAACGUCGAUGCUUCUCAGCGUCGUACUUAUCAAAACACAUCAAGUUUCAUAUUGAAUGUUUGUUGGAUGG